AUGGAUUUGAAUGAAGAAAACAUUAUUCAAAUAUUAGGUGAGUUCUUGCUUUCAGAUGGAUUUCAAUAUUAUACCAAAAUUUAUGAAAUAUUCUCAUGUUUAUCAGAUCAAGAUUGUGAUCAUCUCUUUUUCGAUUUUAUUCUAGGUUUUCUAAAGAAUGAACCACCUUACAAAUCAUUAUAGUUAAUACAUGCUUUUCUUACAGCAACUGCUUCACCUCAAACUUACAUAUGCGAACUGAUUGAACAACAACAUUAUGAAAUUUUAGCGCUUCAUUUGUAAAUCAACUCAUUCACAGAUAAUCAAAUCAAAUAAAUUGUCUAUGAUAAACUUAAAGAAUAAUCAAAUGACUAUAAACAAAUAUUUUUGCUUCAAAGAUUGUAUUUUCUUCUUGAUCCAAAUAAAAAAGAUAGCGCCGAACAAAUUUUCACUAAUAAUUUAAAAAUUAUUCAAUAGAUUUUUUCAACCAUUUAGGAAGAUACCUUAGUUUAAUAUUUGAAAGUCUAAUCUAUUUUAGUUCCUUUUUGCAAGGAGAUUUAGCAACAAAAAUUAAUGAAAUUGAUGGUGUUAAUUAAACAAUAGAACCCAAAUAUUGGAAUUCAAUUGUAAUGGGCUAUCUAUGAAGUUUAUGAAUAAAUAGGAUGUGCUUAGAAUCCUCCAGAAAUGGAAACCAUUGAGAAUACACAACCUAAAAUCUCAUUUAGAUUGUACUAUGUGAAGCAGAAGUAUAUAUAAAAUAUCAGACAAUUAUCUAAUCUGAUUAGAGAUAUGGAAGAUGAACAAAGAGACAAUUUUAAACUUUAUACAUAAUGGCAAUUACAAUUGUGA